AUGGGGGAUUUCAAGAUACUUGGUGAUAGUGGAUUUUAUUUUUCUGUUUUGUCCCAUAUUGAUUCUAUUUUGCAAAGCCAAGAGCUCUCCAUUAAUAUUCCCAGCCCAGCAAAGUGCAAAAAUUACAUUAAAGAGGAUGGACAGGGAUGUGGCUUUGAGCACCUUCCACUCACUAUAGAAAUGUGGGCAGAUCAGCUCAUAGCUCUAAAGGAUUUGCAUAGGUCCUUGAGAAAACUGUCUCUGGAAUUGCUGCCUUGGAACACUAAAGAUUCCCAGGACAACAAAGAAUCCAUACGAGUUGAAGACCUCCAGUUGAUAGUAGAUGCAGUUUUGGAAGAAUUAGAACAUAAGGAAAAGAGCAACCAGAGACAGUCCUUGCAAACCCUGUCUGCCAUAGUCUCUCACUUCCAGAAGUUGUUUGAUGUGAAUUCUCUGAAUGGUGUUUAUCCACGGAUGAACGAGGUGUACACAAAGCUGGGGCAAAUGACCAACGCCAUGAGGAACCUCUAUGAGCUCCUGGAACUAGACAGUUUAGCUCCACCCACUGUGGUAGUGGAUACUGUUGGGAACUGUGACAUCAUUAAUAAGAAUGUGACUGAGCAGGUACAGCAGCUUCUGGGCGCCCAAGACAUCCACAGUAUCAUCAAUAAGCUUGAAGAACAUGAGUGCUUCUUUCCGCCCUUUCAAGCUCUCAUUCAAGACUUGCUGUGUCUGCUAGAGAUCAGCAACAUGGAUGAUAUUUUACCUGCAGUGCAAAACCUGAAAUGGGGAGCUGGUUAUGGGUGAAUCUUCCUGAGCAAGAUUUCUCUUACCUGUGAAUGUACCUGUUGGUGCACAUGACAUUGCAGCUACCUCCUAAGCAACAAUUCCAGAUUUUUUUUACAGAAAUAAAAGUUGUUGCUUUUUUUUUUUUUUUUUUUUUUGAAUUCUCGGUCAAUUUAAGAAAUACUUCAACUGCUGUCAAGUGGUCUACUCAAUCCCAGAGGGAGAACCAAUAUACCCUGGUAAUACAACACCAGGCAAAUUCUAACAAUUUUUAAUACUGCUGACAGAGUAAGUAUGAGGUAAAGAUGCCUUUACUGCCAUAGCCAUCACACUUACACAAAUGCCCAAUCUUGGUUUUCUGGAGAGCCUCUUUUAAAAUGUUGUUCACACUUCCAGAUCAGUUUGGGAUGGGAACACAUUGUUACUCUGUGAGUAUUCUCUCUGAUUAUGGACUGAGGCAGACUGAAUUAAUGUAAUCUAGGCCAAAAAUACUUGAAAUUUGUUUCAGGCAAUGAUUUGAAGUUACCAUCGUUGUAUUUCAUAAGUCAGUUUUUGAAAGGAUUAGAUCAAGUCUCUUAUGCAAGACAAGUAGAAGUUUGUUGUACAGAAACAAGUACACCAAGCUUCCAAAAAUAUUUUGCCUCAAUAUUAUUAAAGCUUAGUUUACAAAACUUUGCUGUUCCUCAGACAGAAUUGGGUUUACAAGAUUUUGAAAUGUACUCUAACAAAGGACAAAACCAGUUAAGGCAUCACAAACUAAAACCUUAAUGACAUCUUGGUAAGUUCAUCUCCCUGCUUUGGAAGCUCAUUAUUUACAUACCUGCAGCCACAGUCAGCUAAGGUACUUCUGAACAGUGGACUACCAACUUCUUCGUUUCUCAAACAAAAAUAGCUAUUAAAGAGUUUCUCUUUUAAAAGCUUCGGUAGCCCUACAGCUGAAGAAUACUGUUUCAAAAUGUAUUCUUUUAAAAGUAAACCACUUCCAUGUUAAAACAACAUGAACAAGCUCCUAGGGCCAUCAGACUGCCAAGCAAAGGACACUUGCCUGGCAGUCUAAAAUCUCCCCAGGUACAACCCUCCUUUAAGAGAGGUUUCACACUUAGAGGUCCUUUGAAGGGGGAUUUGCCAGAAAUAGCAAAAAUAAAGGACUUAUUGUUUAAGGACAAAUUAUUCCCUAUGUGGGGGAAAAUAUGUUUAACUUCAGUGAGAACUAAUCCUCGAAUAGGAACUAAUAGAACUAAUGAUCCAAAUAGGAUCAUUAAAUUUGUAUGUCCUGAGCUGGAGCCUGCUUCAAAUUUGCAACAACUGUGCAAAAUAUGUUAAUUACAAGAGAUAUGUACAUCCAUAUGAGGUUGAAAAAUUAGUCACUUAUGUACAUGAGAAGAAAUCAGAUUUUCUUGUGUUUGCUCCUUGUCAGCUCAUACCUGCAAGACAGACACAAUAAAUAAUUACUGAAGUUGAAAACUUUCUUAACAGUUUUAGCUGGCACAGUAGAGAAAACUUGGGCUGCUUUAUUGCUUCUGCUUCACAGGCAGCACAGCAAAGGAGGCUCCAGAGAUGGCCUCAAACUUCAGCUCUUCACCAGAAACUUUGGGUGCAUCCUUUUUUCCUCUUCCCCUAAUUGCCCUGACACACAAACACAAGCUGGCCAGGGAAAUGUGGUUUUCCUGUUGGAAUAUUGGCUCACUGCCUGUGCAGAUGGCAAGCUCCUGGACUACCCACACUACAUUCCUUAGGCUCCACUGAAGGAGAAAGAAGGAAGAACUCCUGCCAUUUACUAAAGACACAGAAGUGAAAAAAACACCCAAGCCUGGUUCUCUGUUCUGCCUCAGACCAGGAACAUAGAAACCUCAGAAUCACAAUGAACGUACAAGCAAAACUGUAAGUGGCUUACUAUAAUAGUUUCUAUAAAUGCUUUGUAAUUAAAGUUUUAUCAUGCAUAUAUAUUGCUGAUCAGAGUAUUUAGUUAAGAUGUUUAUUCAAGUUAAAAUUUGUUGCAAGGUUACUUUAAUAAACAAAAUUCUUUUCCUUAUGUGGCUUGUAAGCCCCUGUGGCUUUUAUGGCAACUUAAAAUAUGCUGAAGACUAUAAUUGACACAGGCAUCUCAUUAAAGCUGUCUCACAGGGCAGGCACUGCACAGGCAAUGGAUUAACACACAAUUUAGAUAGAACUAUGAGAUUAGCUCAAGUUAGUCCUGCCUUUGCAGGUCAGAUACUCUUCUUGCUCACCCAAAGACAGCCUGGUUACCAGCACUCACUCCCACAGCAGUCAUGCAAGCUCCCAGCAAAGCAAUGGGCAGGGUUUGGAAGUAUGGAGAUGAGUACUUACCAUUGGGCAAAACCUUUUAUUAAAUCCUCCUGGUACAAGUCAAUAUGCACCUUUAAAAAGCAAAUUUUAUUUGUUUGUAGGUUAUUCAGCAUAUAAGUGGAUUAACUAAGCUAUCACCCCUCCCAAGUCAGACCCACUUUCCAGCUGUGGGGCUGCAGCUCAGGCUUGAGGCAAAAUGGAGCUUCCAACAUUCCCAGGGUGGUCUAGGCAUGAACCAGCUCCGUUUCCUAUAGCACUACUUGGAAAUUUAUCAAUCACUGAAGAAGCAAUUGGAGUUUACUUUUCACAGAAUCAGAGUUGUUCACAGAAAGCUCAAAGCAGUUUUGGCAAAUUGUGGGAUUUAGUCCCAAAGCCUUUCUCAGCUCCAUGUUUGUGCUCUUGGAGCCAUUCCCCACAUGGGCAGCACCAGGGCCCAGGGACCAGGGCUUACUUUAGGAGCACCCUUCUGAAAUGAGACCACGCAGCUCCCACAUGGAUACAGCCUCAUUUGAGAUUAAAAUAUGGCAGAAAAUAUUGUUUCCAGAUUGCCAGUCUAUUACUGAGAAUUAGUUACUGGAACCACAUUUCAGGAUUUCAGGAGUAGCCCGGAGUGUUCAACUCUGUUAUAUCUGUAGUGGAGAUUCUUUAAACUUACUUUCCCCAGUUCCUUCCUCUCCUGUGAAAUGAAUGGCCUGCUGUUUUUCACUGCAAUGUCCAGUGUCCUUUUCUUGACAUUUUCCAAAUAUUCAAAGAAUCCAAACCUUUAAAUAAAGUUUAACAAGAAGAAACUUAAGGCAAAAAUUAAAAUCCUGUGAGCACCAGUGGGCACAAUAUAGUGACAGAAUACAGCAUCAAUGGCCAGGACUUUAACAGGGAAGGAACACAAAGAAAAGGCAAUUCUAGAGUGAGGUUUUAUCCACAUUGCAGGGAACCUUUUCCAGGCCUCAUGAAAGAUGACAACACUGUGUUCAGACUGUCCACUGUGCCAGGGGAAGGACGAAAACAUGCAUCCAUGAUGAAAUGCUAUUUAACAUCAUUUUCCCCCCUCCAUGGAAGAUCAGCGUGUUUUCCAUGCAAUGUUCAUUACUCAAGAGGAAAUAGGCAUGAGCCAAACCCCCAAGUUCACUGAGCAGCCUUGCACCACACCAAGAACAGGCAAAGGCUGAAACUUAUGGCAAUUAAAUCCUUAAUGGCUCUGACUCAAUCCUCUGGCACACAUGGCUAAUGUCAAGUGAGUUUUGUCCAUGCUAAAUCACUCCAGUUCUGCCCACCUGAAUAGCUUUUCCUCAAGUCAGAGCUGUGAAACAGGUAACGUGUUUUGGAGCUAAGCGUUAUAUUUAAUUGAGGAUGUACAGGAUAUGUCAGUACUGAGAAUGAGGAAAAGGAGAUGCUCUUCCCAACUGCUGGGAUGGCACUAAAUCUGCAGUUACUUAUGAACAGACAUAAGCAGAAUCCUCAGUUUUGGUGUUUUGAGUGUUAAGAACGAAUAUUUCAAAAUCUUUUCUUAAUUUCUGACUUACAGAGAAAGGACAUGACACAGGAAAAAUAUAAGCCACCAAGGAUAAACCAACAUUCACAUAUAUCCAUACCUUCUUCUAAUUAUGGGAUUAAAACCACCUCUCAAAAGAGCUCUACUUCUAAGUGUUACUGUGUUUGGAUUUAUGAAAAACACAUUCAAUUUCAGUGGCAGAGCUGUGACACUGACAGCAAAGAGGUGGGAGCAUUUUACUCUGCUCCCACCAGGCCUUGAUGACAACAUCCACCGGUGUGCCCUAAGGGUGGUCCAGUCUCAAAAGGCUCUGUACUUCUGCCUUGGACCUUUGGACAGAUGUCAGAAAAAACAUCAGGCAAAGCAGUGUGAACAGAGCAGUAGACUCUGGGAGGUACCUGAACGGGCAGAUUGCCUCUGCCAUGACAGGGAGUUAAACACAGAGGGAGAAUGUCAGUUUGCAGAGAAGCAAAUGCAGCCUAGGGGCAGGGAAGGGACAGGGAAGAAGCUGUACCCUUCUUCUGGGGGACUUGCAACACCACAGGCAGAGCAAGGCCAGCCCCAAGUACUUGUAAAUCACCGUCCAAGUGCCACCUGUUUCAGAAAAGCUGGAAAUGUCCACAAGAGAGUCCUUAGGAGCUACAGCAGCACACCUUAGGAAACCCUGCCAUUACACAGAGAUCAUAACUAUUCCACCCACAAUCAUAAUUUACAUUUUCUUACUUCUCAUCAUACUGGAGGGUUCAGGGUUUUUUUCUUAACAGAAGUCUUCUUCCUGCUUGUCCAUCUUCUGUCUGGAAGCAGGUAUAUACGAACAUAUGGAUCGACUCCACGAUUGGAAGAGG